GCGCUGUUACCAUGGAGAUUGUAACCAAAACACGCUAAUACAAACAACGUGUCUGCGCGCUAACUUUAGCGACAACGCGUCUUUUGACGGCGGUUUUUAAUGUUUGAUAAAUGAAAUAAGGUUAUCUGUUUUCUAGGUUGAUCGUGUGCUGAGAUGGACUCGCAGUAUGUGAGCGGGACUCUGGGGCUCUGUCUCUCUCAGGGUCUCGCGGAGCUGAUCGAGCACAGACCGCAGGAUCCCAUCGAGUCCCUGGCGCUCUGGAUCCUCAAAUACAAGCAGAACCAGGAGCUCCAGGAACAGAAAUCAUCUCAGAAGAGAGAGUUAGAGGAGGAGCAGCGGCGUCUUCAUGCUGAAGCUGUGCAUCAGAAACUCCUGCAGGACGAGGAGACACAGCUCCAGCAGCACACACAACCAGCAGACAAGAGCAAGCUCAGUCCUCCAGAUCAGACAGACGCUGCACAAGAUCCUGAAGAUCAGACCGAGUCCGAGACCGUGAAAGAGCUCGCAGAAGAUCAGGAGGACUCCGGCGAAGCUGUCGCAGGUGAGGAGCAACCCUCUGAGACCCUGAACACACACCAAUCACAGUCUCAGGACACGCAGAAGGAAAACCAUAAAGCAGACGUCCCGUCCGAAGAGAACGAGCCUGAACCAGAGACGACAGAAGAAGACUCCGAUGAGAGACGGACAGAAACCGAGGACAAAGAAUCAGAGCGAGCAGAGACUGAAGACGCGUCAGACGCAGCCGAGAGACAGCAGGAGGAAGAGGAUGGAGCCUAAACGCCAACAUGAUGUGUGCUUCACAUUCUUCUGUUCUACUAGUCACUUAAAUCUCAUGCAUACUGAUAUUAAAUUAUAUUCAUGUUUACUGAA